UUCGUUCACCAGCUAAAGAUGGGUGCGAGUCGUGUAGUCUUCCAAUUGUGCUGUUUUGCAAUCCUAUGGUUGACGAUUCAAGGAAGAGCAAUUGAUUACGAUCUCUACAAUGAAAUAUCCGAAAAUUUCCAAUCAACAGCGGAGGUAAGUACAACAGUAGCAACCACGACUACAACGGAGCAGAAGACCGAAACUACAACCGAAUACAAACACAAGGACAUCAUUCAAGCGUACACAGUGAAGGUUCCGCAACUGCAUUCAAUCCGUCAUGCUGCCGGAACGCAUUAUUUCGCGGUUCGGGCGGAUGAAGAUUUGACCGAAAAAUUGCUGGAGGUACAGCGAGAAGUAUUCGAUAGGCCUUUCUCCCGCACACCACCGCCAAGGAGAGUUGCUCCACCUAAGAAUAAAUGAAGUGUCGGUUAAGCGAAAUUUUGUAGUGAUGAUUUUAAUCGAAAAACUGAAUGAUCUACAAACAGAACAAAUAAUAAUCUCCUUAAAUGACCACAUCCUGGAAAAGAAAACUAGCAACUUUUUAUAAUGCAGCUUUUGUACCAAAAAAAUCAUUAGUUGAAAUUCUGCAAAACACUUUUAGUACGUAAAAGAACUAAACAACAAAACAGAGUCCAAUGAUCAAUUUUGUCACUUCUGACUUCAGUAGCAAUGAAAUAUAUCUGUUUGAAAUAUUA